GUCUGGUUUAGGGUAAAACCUCAUUUCGUUGCCAUUGCUCUGUUUCUGUAAUCUGUAGUGGUAGAGCUUUGUAAGAGUGCUUGAAGAUGAGCUUAGUUCUUAGAUUCAGACAACAUUUAUCUCAAACCUCCUCCAGAUUAUCACUUCUGUCUCGAAUCGGCGGUUACCGGAGUUAUGCCCAAGCGGCGAAGAUUGAAGAUGAUGAAGAAGAAGAAUUCGAUCAGAGGAAGCUCCCAACAGAUUACGAUCCCGCCACUUUUGAUCCAACGGAGCACCGUAGUCCACCAACGGAGCGUGUGUUCAGACUCGUAGACGAGAUCUCAUCUCUGACGUUAUCAGAAAUCUCAGAGCUCGGUGCGAUUAUAAUGAAGAAGAAAGGUAUGACGGAGCUACCGACCGUCGCCGUUUUGAAACCUGGGGCUGGUGGGAUCGUGGCUGGAUCGGGUCAGGGACAAAGCGGUGGUGGUGGUGCGAGUGAGGAAGCUAAAGUGGAGAAGACAGUGUUUGAGAUAAAGUUGGAGUCUUUUGAUUCAUCUGCUAAGAUUAAGAUUAUAAAGGAGGUGAGGAGUUUUACUGAUUUGGGUUUGAAAGAAGCUAAAGCAUUGGUGGAGAAGACUCCUGCGAUUUUGAAAGCUGGCUUGUCUAAAGAAGAAGGUGAGAAGAUCGUUGAGAAGUUGAAAGCACUUGGUGCUAAAGUUGUUUUGGAGUGAUGAUGUUUCUCGAAGGUCUGUUGUUACUUUUUAAAGCUUCGAUUUUUCUUCUUUUGUUCCAUCUAUGAUGAGCUCAAGAUAAUACACAAGCUGAUUAAUUGGGUUUUGUAAGGUCGUCAUAGGUUACACUUGCUCCUUCUUUCUCACUGCUAAAUUGGUUUUGAUGAGAGAUGAAUCUUUGCUAGUUCAAGAUGUAUCGCAAAAUAAUAGAAAGUGUAGACUUUGUGUUAGUGUGUUAUGAUCUAUCCCAUGGCUUUGAUCUUGACUCAGAA